AUGGAAGGUACUGCCGUCUUCCCCGACCCCGAUUUACACCCUCCCGGCGACCUUUCUGAAACUGGAGGUCAGAAAGCGAAAAGAGGAUUAUUUUUGAAGGGAGAUUCUGUUUCUGUUGGUGUUGGAGCUGCUCCGAAGAAAAUUCUGACUGAUAUAACCAACAUGGACCAACAACUACUACCAAAGCACCAACCUGCAACUGAUGUCUCUGUUGAACUGAUUCUCAAGGAAAACACGACGAUGAGGAAGCUCCUAGCUCAGAGAAAUGCGUUAAUAGAAUCAUAUAAAGUAGAGUAUCAAAAGUAUCAAACCAAUUUUCAGAAACUUCGCAGGCAAAAUUCAGAACUUGCACUUGCAAAUACUCAAAUGACACAGGAGAUUAAUUCAAGCAGACAGAUGGUGAGGGAACUUCAACUUGAAUUAGUAGGCAAAAAUGCUACACUCGAUAUUAUGAGAUUAAAAUUGAUGGAAAAUGAUUGCAAAGCAAAACUGAAUAAUGACAUUGAUGCAGAUGAGUCAGAUCUAAAGUUUCAAGAAGAUAACAAGGGGGAAGCAAAAAGGAAGAGAGUAUCCAGAUGUCAAUCUAUUGCACCUGAUGUUGUUAAACAAGUCAAAUCAAUAGAAAAGGUUGAAACACAGAGGCAUUCUGCAAAACGGAAAUCUGCAGGGUUGAAAGCUGGAAAAUCACGACCAACAGAAGACUUACAUGAAAUAAAAUAUGAUGUCUCGCAGCCACUAGAAGAAACUCUGGCAAAUGAGAAUGAAUCAACAUCAUUAGGAUCCAAUGAUGUAGCGAGACAAGUUACUGAAUCUUUGGGACCUACUAACACUCAACAAGUUCUUGCCAAAAGGAAUAUUGAAAAUAAGCGGCGUAGUUUGAGAAGGCAAUCUGCCCUGUUCAAACAUGUGAAUCCAGAACCAACUGAAGACUUCUUUGAUAUAGACGAUCCAAAAUUUGAAGUCUCCAAUUUAUGUGAUAACUCGUCAGAAAGUCUUCCCGCAGCAUCAAGUGGCACUUCAGAAAACUGUACACUUGAUCCUCGUGAAAGAAGAUCAUCUAUUAGCCGGCCUUCACGUCGAUCAGCUCUGAAGGUUGUUUCCUACAAGGAGGUUCCACUUAAUGUGAAGAUGCGUAGAGAUAAUUGA